AUGAUUUCAUCGAGAUUUCGAGGGGAAAACGUGAGCUCGGCAUCAACAACCAUCACAACAAAUGGCGGCGAUCAAAGUGAGAAAACAUGCAGUUCCUCCUCAAGCAUGCGUGCGACUGAGGCGCCAGUACCGUACAACAGUAAUCCAGAUCUUCCAUUGUAUACUGUCGAUCAGGUUCCACCCCAUCUUGCGGAAAAUUUAUACAUUCAUACCGGCUAUCGCAUGAAUUAUAGUGCAGGCAUGUGCUUCCGUAGUGUUUUGGCUUUGCAUAAUGAAACUUUUAACGUAUGGACGCAUCUUAUUGGGUUCGUCAUAUUUCUCAUUGUCUCUUUUGUUUUUUCGAUCGGAGUUCUGAUUCCCAGGUUGACGGACCGUCCAGGGGAGGGCAGCGAAACCGGUGGCAGUUCCUUCCCCGACACGGUGUCUCUGCUUGGUUUCCACUGGCCGACACUUUCUAUAUUUGCAGUGUAUUCUGUGAGUUGUCUCAUGUGUAUGCUCUGCAGUGCGGCCUUUCAUACGUUGAUUCCUCACAACCAUCCAGUAAUAUACCGCAUUGCUCAUACAUUGGAUUACUUUGGCAUCACCUUCCUUGUAGUUGGGUCAUUUCUGCCCAUGUGUUACUUCUGCUUUGCAUGCAAACCGCACUUGAGAUAUAUUUACCUUAUUAUGGUGUCGCUGUUUGGUGUUGGUGGGCUUGUGGGUCCCUGUUUUCGAAGGUGGACUGAUCCAGCUUACAUGUGCGCAAAGAUCACCUUUUACGUUUGUAUGGUUGGAAGCGGUCUCUUGCCCGUUUUUCACAUUUACUUAACACUUCCCAGUAGCGCCACGGCAUCGGUUGUACAAGGUUUAUUACUUAUGAUGGGUCUCUAUGGAGUGGGUGUUAUGAUUUACGCAUUGAAAGUGCCUGAGUCCUUGUACCCUGGCGAGUUUGAUAUUUAUCUUUCCAGUCACCAAUUGUGGCAUGUUUUUGUGCUGUGCGCAGCUGUUGUUCACUUCUUUAAUUGCGCUUCCAUGUACAUUAACUUUGAUAAAAUGGCGCUCAACUGCUAG